AUGCAUCGGAGACACACCACAGUGCGGGAGAAGGGGCGUCGCCAAGCCGUGCGAGGACCCGCCUACAUGUUUAACGAGCGUGGCUCGGCCCUGACGCCUGAGGAAGAGGGUUUCCUUGAUGCCGCCGAGUACGGCAACAUCCCAGUGGUCCGCAAGAUGCUGGAGGAGUCCAAGACCCUUAACUUCAACUGUGUGGACUACAUGGGUCAGAAUGCAUUGCAGCUGGCGGUGGGAAACGAACACUUGGAAGUGACUGAGCUGUUGUUAAAGAAGGAGGGGCAAGCCAGAGUGGGUGACGGGCUCCUAUUGGCUAUAUCUAAAGGGUAUGUGCGUAUUGUGGAAGCCAUAUUGGGGAACCCGGCAUUUAGCCAGGGGCUGCGGCUCACUUUGAGUCCCCUUGAACAGGAGCUACGGGAUGACGAUUUUUACGCUUACGACGAAGACGGGACUCGGUUUUCUCACGACGUCACCCCUAUCAUCCUAGCAGCACACUGUCAGGAAUAUGAGAUUGUACAUAUCCUGCUCACCAAGGGGGCCCGCAUUGAGAGGCCUCAUGACUACUUCUGUAUGUGCAAUGAGUGUGCAGAGAAGCAGAGAAGGGACUCGUUCAGCCACUCGCGCUCCAGGAUGAACGCUUAUAAAGGGCUGGCCAGUGCUGCCUACCUGUCCCUGUCUAGUGAGGACCCUGUAUUCAGCUCGCUGGAGCUCAGCAACGAACUGGCCAGACUGGCUAACAUAGAGACUGAGUUUAAGAAUGACUACAGAAAGUUGUCCAUGCAGUGUAAGGACUUUGUCGUGGGGGUGUUGGACCAGUGCAGAGACACAGAGGAGGUGGAGGCCAUCUUGAACGGUGACGUGGACAAUUCCCCGCCCAGCGAAAACAACCGGCCCUGCCUCGAACGCGUCAAACUGGCCAUUAAAUAUGAGGUCAAAAAGUUUGUGGCCCAUCCUAACUGCCAGCAGCAGCUGCUGACUAUCUGGUAUGAGAACCUGUCAGAUCUGAGGCAGCAGUCCAUCGGAGUCAAGUGUUGGACCGUUCUGGCGGUCAGCUUGGGACUGCCCUUCUUGGCUCUCGCCUACUGGAUCAUGCCCUGCAGCAAGUUGGGUCAGAUCCUGAGAAGUCCUUUCAUGAAGUUUGUGGCCCACGCCGUGUCCUUCACCAUCUUCCUGGGCCUGCUGGUCAUCAACGCCUCAGACCGCUUUGAGGGGGUCAAGAACCUGCCCAACGAGACCAUCACUGACCACCCUCGUCAGGUGUUCCGGGUCAAGACCACUCAGUUCUCCUGGACGGAGAUGCUGAUCAUGAAGUGGGUGCUGGGUAUGAUCUGGUCAGAGGUCAAGGAGAUCUGGGUGGACGGCCCUAGAGAGUACGUGAAUCACCUAUGGAACGUGUUAGACUUCGGCAUGUUGUCUAUCUUCGUAGCAUCGUUCACCGCUCGGCUCAUGGCCUUCCUCAAGGCCUCCAAGGCCCAGCUGUACGUAGACCAGUUUGUGACCAACGAAGACAUCCGCAACGCGUCCCUACCUACUGAGGUUGCCUACUACACCUAUGCCAGGAAUAAGUGGCGUCCGUCGGACCCCCAGAUCAUCUCGGAGGGUCUGUAUGCCAUCGCUGUGGUGCUGAGUUUCUCCCGCAUCGCCUACAUCCUGCCGGCCAACGAGAGCUUCGGCCCCCUCCAGAUCUCCCUGGGCCGGACGGUGAAGGACAUCUUUAAGUUCAUGGUGAUCUUCAUCAUGGUGUUUGUGGCCUUCAUGAUCGGCAUGUUCAACCUCUACUCCCACUACCUGGGAGCCAAGUACAACCCUGCCUUCACCACGGUGGAGGAGAGCUUUAAGACCCUGUUCUGGUCCAUCUUUGGUCUGUCGGAGGUGAUCUCCGUGGUCCUGAAGUAUGACCAUAAGUUCAUAGAGAACAUUGGUUAUGUGCUCUACGGGGUCUAUAACGUCACCAUGGUGGUGGUUCUACUCAACAUGCUCAUCGCUAUGAUCAACAGCUCCUACCAGGAGAUAGAGACAGAUGCAGAUGUAGAGUGGAAGUUUGCCCGUGCCAAGCUGUGGAUGUCCUACUUUGACGAGGGUCGUACUCUGCCCGCUCCCUUCAACAUGGUGCCGUCUCCCAAGUCCUGGUAUUACCUGGUCCUCCGCACCAAGGCCGGCCUUGUUCACCUCUGCAAGGCCAAGGACCUUCGCCACGACAACGAGCUGGAGAUGGGCAUGCUCAACUCACGAUUCAAGGCCAGAGGGGAGAGGACAAAGGGUGAACGCUACAUGGCCCAUGGUCGACUACGAGAGGAGUCCACUCUCAGACAACCUAUCAAACACCCUACCAGAUACCAGAAGAUCAUGAAGCGUCUCAUUAAGCGGUAUGUUCUGAAGGCUCAGGUUGACAGAGAGAAUGAUGACGUCAAUGAAGGUGAGCUGAAGGAGAUCAAGCAGGACAUCUCCAGCCUGCGCUAUGAGCUCCUGGAGGAGAAGUCUCAGGCCACCGGAGAACUAGCUGACCUCAUCACACAACUCAGUGACAAGUUUGUCAAGAACACCACCAAAAGACCCUGAGAGAGAAGGGGAAGGGGGAGGAAGGUGGAGACCUGAAAAUAGACAGAGGGAGAGAAGUGGGAAGAAGGGGAUAGAGAUGAGAGAAGGGGGGGGGGAGAGAGCUGGUGGACAGAGAAAGAGAGAAAGUGGGACAGAGGGAGGUGAGAAGAAGAGAUGAAGGGGGGAGAGGCAGGAGAGAGGACUGAAAGAGAGGAAGGAGGCUCUGAGCAGUAUGAGGGGUACAUAGGGGAUUGUUAAGAGUACAAUUCUGAUGCAGCGAAGAGAGAGGUCACCCCUCCAAAACACAUUGCCAAGAUACAUCAGCUCACCCUACCAUGGGAACAGAGAGUGUGAGUGGGAGAGAACAGAAGUUGAAAAAACACUGUGAUGGUAUUUUUACCUGAGGUAUUGUUAGGGUGUCUGUACCUGAGGUAUUGUUGGGGUGUCUGUACCUGAGGUAUUGUUGGGGUGUCUGUACCUGAGGUAUUGUGCCGUAUAGCAGUCCACUGUUUCGGGAAGAUAAAUAUAAUGGACAUUUUUAUAGAGUUGGCAAUCUAAUUAACACAUUGUCCAAUGUCCAUAGGUUCACAAACACUGGAGGAGUUCAAACACACACACACACAUUCAAACACACACACUUGGUAAGCUAAUUACUGUAUAACUCCUAAUAAAGUGCUGAUUAAAAAGUGGUCUGUUUAUCACAUGACAACCUGAACACACUCAGACCACCAUCUGCUUACCUGCAGGACUUUGAUUGGUUCUCUCAUGGGCACCUAGAAUAUAUUGGUUCUAAACUCCAGCUGUUGAGGGCAUGUUGGCUUCAGUACACAGUCUGUACUCUGUCUAUCUACCCUACCAUGCUCUGAAUAAAUUCACACACCUGGUCGGACAGUGUAGACUGCACACUGUAAAUGGUUAUUGAAACAACAUUUGGAACUUUAAACUCUAUCUUUGUUUUGUGUGUGUGCGUGUGCGUUACUUGCGUGCAUAAGCGAGAGAGAGAGAGAGAGAAACUAUAUGUGAGUCACUUUGAAGAGUUCAACGAAAAUUGUAAUUGUUUGUUAAAAACACUUAACAUUUUCACUCAUAGAAACCAAACGGAAUAGAGACUCAAUAUACUGUAUUUUUCAAUUGUAGCGGAAAAAAGGGGAAAAAUCUUGUAUAUUUUGAUCUUGAAUUAAAAGGAAUAA